CUUGAGUCCGGUCCCUUGAUCAGAUUCAGAUCACAGCUCCAGCUAAUAAUGAAUUAUUAUAAUUUUAUAAUUAAUAUGUUAAUUUAUUGGUGGAUUACAAAAUAAAAACAUAGAAGAGGCGUGAAUACGAAGCACUCUGGUGCGUGUCUCUGGGUUUCGGGUCCAAAAUCCACAUGGAAGGGAAAAUGGAGUUGGUGAAGUCUGUGAGUUCAAAAUUGAAGGAAGCAUCGCUGUUUUGGCUUCUCGGUUUCAAAGAAGCCUGUCGUCUUCAUCGCGUUCUCUUUCUUUGCCUCAGUUCAAGGAGGCUUUUGAGACGCACGGGUCAAUGUUUUCUAUUAAAUGGUUUCCUUUUCUUAGGAAGCAUCUUCAUCCUAAACGCAGUUAUCAUCCCAGCACUAGAAUGGAUAUUACCUGAUGAUUGUUCAAAGUUCAAUUCUCAACUUUUCUGCUCUUUCGCCAGUCUCUUAAAAUUUUAUUCCUUCUUACGCCUUCGACUCAUUCAACUAUUUUAUGUGACUUGGUUUUACCCACUGUAUGUGUUCAGCUUCAUCCUGAGCAAUAUAUGGUACAAUGACAUUGCUAAUUAUGGUUUUGCUGCAAUGGGAACUUCUGGGCCAGCAAAAGGAGAUCCCUUGGGAAAAAAUGAGUCAUUGACCGUGAAAGAUAGAGAUCGUAUGGAAGGCCUGGGAGGGGUCAUGAUUGGAAUAGGUGAGCAAGUGUAUUCAGUACUUCUUUUGACCUUCUUCUUCCUAGAGGUUUAUGUGACAGGAUUCGUACCCUACAUGGGCAAGAUACUAAAUUUUUUGCUUCUAUCCUGGAUGUAUGCCUAUUACUGUUUCGAGUACAAAUGGAAUCUUUCUGAAGUGGGUCUGGACAGAAGGCUGGACUUCUUUGAAUCUAACUGGGCCUUCUUUGCUGGUUUUGGAAGCCCAUGUGUUCUCCCCGUUCUUUUUUCCUCACCACUUGUGAGCUAUGGGAUUAUGGCCAUACUCUUUCCGCUGUUUGUUUUGGCAGCAACAGAUUCAGCGGCUGAGCAUGUUAUUUAUUCUCGAAGAAGAAAAUGGGGGGGUGCAGGAUUGGGCAGGCUUCCAAUAUUUUAUGCAGCAGAUACUUUGUCGUUGAAGGUCCUGUCUCUUUUGUCUGCGAAAUCUCAAGAGCAGCUGCAAGACAACAAAACUCUCUGAGUGUGGAUUAAGUGGGAAAUGGAUGAUGGUAAUUUAUAUAAAAUGUGUAGAUAAAUUAUAACUGCUGAAGAUGAAGGAAUGAGGAAACAGUAACGUGUACAUAGAAAGAAAAUUGAAGCAAUGGUGUUUUAUUUGAUUUGUACAGCAAACUUAGAUGGAUAAGCACCUCAUAAUCAUAACGCAAUGAUAUUUAGUAUGUAGGUGUCCAUAUUGGCCAAUAUAGGCACGGUGUUUAAACAUGUAUUAAGAAGAUGGACAGUCCAGUGUACUGCUCAACAGCACAUUAAAUGAGUUUGUCUCAGAUGAUUUAUUUCAUCUACUAUACUUUGUUCGUGUAA